CAACAUACUGUAGUAAUUGAAAUUUUCAGUUCACUGGUUCAACAACACUAACAGCUUGAACAAGACAGUUGGUAUGCUUUGGAUUUGUCUGGAGUUUUGUGUUCGGCACGGGCCAAACCUUUAGUUUAGUGAGCGAGGAAAGAAACGGUAGGGUCUAGGAGUUGAAAUCGGAUGGAGAAUAUCGCAAUGUCCUGUAGAUGUCGUUUCUAGCUUCAGCAGAUGUCGGCUGUAUGACUUGUGCUUUGUGACGAGAAUAAAUCAAUUUGAGUAUCGUUGUUGGACGUUUAUUGGCGGUUGGUUAAUGUAGAUGAUACCUCCACUCCUUUAGUCAUGGCUACAUCUGGGAUGGACACCCGGGCCUCCACUGUUGCCGCUGAUGUGCGGAAGUUCGUGGAUCAGAGUAGGAUUGUUCGUGAAGUUCAUCAAGACACUGUUGAUGUGUUUGAAAAAAUGAAGUCCUUCUCUAAUCGCUCAGUUUCCGACACGGCAGUCCUGACUGAUGAGCAGUCCUCUGCUAUUCAGAGUGUAUUCGAACAAUCUCCCACUAUCAUAGUUCUGGGUCGCAAGGAGCUCCGUCGUCCCAUCCUCAACUUCCUUGCAGGCGAGGAAGUUUUCCCAUCAGCAUUAGAUGAAGACCUAGGUGGAGAGUGGAGAACUGUGGUGUUGAAAUCAGGAAAGCAAGCCUCUGUAAGACUGGUGUAUAGUGACGAUGAAAUGGCUGACAGUUAUGAGAUCACAGAAUCGGAUCCAGUCGAGCAGUCAGCAUCACAUGCCACUGCACCGUCUUCUCCAAGACUGAGCGUCCGUGAUGUUCUGGUCGAAAGCGGCAACAAGGCUCUCUCGGACGUGCACGUAGAGGUAACGCUCACGACGGAGGUGUUUGAGAGUGGCCUUGUUGUCGUGUCCUGUGCCACGCAUGAUGGCUAUGCUACUGGCUGCAUUGCAGAGUGUAUCAAGGGCCGCCUGCCAUUCUUCGUUUUCCCAAUCGAUCUCGCCGCAAGCCUCACACAGGAGGAAAGGAGCAUGUUGGACUUUAUCCGUGUCCGCUGUCCACAAUGCCCUGUUCUCUUUGUCGGCGCGUCCGUGAAUGCAAACGUGCUCUCGCCGUCGUCACCACCCAUCCGACCAGCGGCCACCGUCGGAAUGCCAUCGUCGGCCACAUUGGCUACAAGCACACCAGCGACAACAGCUGCCUAUCAAUCCCAAAUUUCCCGUGAGGCCACGCCAGUUCAUGAGAUUCUGAUCAAGCACGGCUUCUUCAGCGACCCCACGGCAGCCGCUACACCCGAUCCCGACGGUGCGCAGUCGUUCAUUGGAGCCACCGCUGCGGUUGCUGCUGCUGCCGCUGCCGCCACUGCUGCUCCCAGUGCGUCUCGUGCCGCUACGACUGCCAAUGGUGGAUCUGGUGUUCAUCCCCUGUCUGGCUCGGUACCUCCCCCGGAUUUGAGUCGUUUCCAGCCGUCUCAUCGUUUCUGUGAAGAUCCCGACGAUCUGACCAGCCAGUUUGGUCUGUUCAUGUCGGUCAACCUGAGCUACUGGCUGCUGCGUGCCGCUGCAUGCCUGCAUCGCUUGCACAUAGACUGCCUGACGUCAUUCAUUCAUGUAGCAUUUGAGAUGUCCCGGGAUGUGCUGCUGACGCCGCAGCGAAUACGCUAUGUGCGAACGCAGGAGCAUCGUCUGUUCUCUUCGCUGAUGGAUGUGGCCGGUUCCAAGCAGGAUGAGCUACGGCGCAUGAUGGACGAAAUGCUAGAGACGCUUAGUCCGCAGCUGAGGCAAGAGGCAACCACUUUUGAGUUUACCGGUGUAGAUAUUCCGGCUGACUGCGUUGUCAGGGACAGCAAGACACUGCGCAUUUGUCACAGCCAGAUCAAGGCAUUUGUGUUUGAAAAGCUCAGCUCCUACGUUGCUACUCAGAUAUCUUCAUCUGUAAAUGGCUUGAAGGAGAGUUUGCUUGGCACGCUGAAGCGAUGCCUGCAGUCUCUUGAGGAACACAUCAUGUCUGACGAAGCCCUGGCUGCUGGAUCUGAUGAUUGGGCGCUGGUUAGUCAUGAAGGUGAGAUCAUCGCAGAUCCAGAAGAGAAUGCUGCGGCCUCUGCGACUUCUAAAUCGGCUUUGACGAUGACAAGCUCCACCACGGCCGCUCUGCACGAGCUGCUCUCAACAGUGUACCACCUGGAGUUCAACGAGCGCAUAACUCAGUCUGGACUGCAGGUUCUACUGGACCGUCUCAAGAACACACUGCGAUUCAUCCCCUGGAAGUCCAGUGUCGCCGUGGACGAGGCGUGGCGACGCAGCGUGGCUGACAAGCAGGUAGAAAGUCUCAGCGCAUCGCGCCUGGCCAAGACCAUAUGCGCGCAGUUCCGCUCCAAUUUGGUGCGAGCACACGACCGCUUCACCUUGGCGCUGCGCGAGUUGGAAGUGCUUCACUCGGCGCGUUUGCAGGAGACGGAUGAAGCGCGUGGCGAGCUCCGCAAGAGGUUUGCACCGCAUGUCGCUCGCCUGGCUCUGCACAGUACGUCACUGAGCGACCUGAUUCGCCACGGAAUGCCUCGUGUCGGUCACGAGCUGGGCCGGGGUCAGUACGGUGUGGUCUACACGUGCCAGGCGUGGGCCAACAAGCGGCCCGUAUGCGUGAAGUCCGUCGUGCCGCCGGAUGAGAAGCACUGGAAUGACCUGGCGCUGGAGUUUCACUAUAUGUGGAGCCUCCCGGAUCACCCGCGCAUCGUGACGCUGCACGGCUCUGUGGUGGACUACUCGUACGGCGGCGGCGACACCCCGGCCGUCCUGCUCAUCCUGGAGCGCAUGCAGCGAGACUUGCACAGUGGCAUCCGCUCCGGCCUCUCCUGGGCCAAGCGCCUGGUGGUCGCCUGCGACGUCAUCGAGGGCAUUCGCUUUCUGCACAGCCAGGGGCUGAUCCACCGGGAUAUCAAGCUGAAGAACGUCUUGCUGGAUGACACCGAUCGUGCCAAGCUCACUGACCUUGGUUUCUGCAAGCCCGAAGCCAUGAUGACUUGCUCGGUGGUGGGUACUCCUAUACACAUGGCGCCCGAGCUGUUCAGUGGCACAUACUCGGUGUCCGUGGACGUGUACGCGUUUGGCAUUCUCUUCUGGUACAUCUGCAGCAAUCAAACGCGCCUGCCCAGCGCGUACGACCGCUGCCACAGCAAGGACCAGCUGUGGUACGAGGUGCAGCGCGGCCUGCGGCCCGAGUGCCUGCCAAUGUUCGACAAGGAGUGCUGGGACCUCAUGGUAUCUUGUUGGGGUGAGAAGAGCGAGGACCGACCUCUGCCCGGCGUUCUCUCUGCCAAACUGCAGGAGAUGGUUGAUCAGGCCCGCCAGAAGCCCAGGUCCAGUCACCGCCAUAGUGUGAAGUGAUCCAUCCAUCCACCAUGUCGAAUGUCAUCCAUCACGUGUACACGAUGUAAAAUUGCAUACCACUGCUGGACAGUUUGGCUGAAUGCACGUCGUCAUCUUUCACUGCGUGUCCUUGUCGCCUGUACACAUUGCAUGUGCGUACAUGUAGCACUGCUGGACAGUCUGAUGGAGGCCGUCUCGCACCGCUCUAGCGUGCUGUUGGGUUUUGUGAAAGCCCCUACUCAAUCAAGUCAGACACAGUCAGACACGGUCUUCUUGAUCAUGCUGUGCAUCACGUGCCAUGUAACUCAGACCUGCUUUGUAAGCUGCUCUCCUUUUCCUAUCAUGUGUGAGUGCAUGCGUACGUUUUGGUACUUGCUGCUACUGCUGCUGAUGCAUUGCCUGCUGCUUUAUCUUGUCCACAACGGGUGAGCUGGUCCUGCUGUUCUGUUCCAGGACUUGGCUUUCCCCGAAUUUUGUCCUGCACGUGAUGGCUUGAAAGUGGGACUGGCCAAUGCCAUUGUGCCUUGUUUCUCUUGUUGGGAACUCAAUAAUGUCUUACGAGGAGAAACACGGGUCAUUAGUGAUCUUGGGCUUGCUGCUGUGUUGUCCAGUGUGGUUUAACAGCAUAAUGUCACCCGUUGUUUCCUCGUUUCCCCUCAGUAUUAGUAUUGGUCAUCUCAGUUAUUGGCUUAUUGCCACGGACACCUGCCGCCCUGUUUAGUCUUAGAACUGGAACAGUCCUACUUGUCGCAAUCCCAUCAUCCCGUCAAACUUAGCCGUUGCUUGGUCUUGAUAUUGUCCGGUCUAGUCGAGAUAUGUAGUGCUGAGUUCUGUGCAGUUUGUUCACUUCUAGUACUGUAUCGUCUUGCACUUCCGACGCAUUUGCAAUGUAUUUGAAGCCCGUCUUGUCGUACACCCACUUGACAUUAUUACUGUAGUAGAUUGCUGUAGUAGAUCUACGUCAACUAGCUCUGGUAGUCAUCCUCCCGCACGUUUCUGAAGUACAUGUAGUUUUCUUGAACAGUACUUAUAUAUUCCUUCACUACUCAUUCACUUGUCAUUGUUUUAAUGUCGACCGCCAGGCAGCUGA